UAAUACUCUUUCUAUAAUUGUUGUUAUUGUUGGCUAGAGACAAGAUUACUAAUGUCGGUAAUCACAUAAGAAACGGAUAUUUGGGUAUUGGUUCUCUAUUGGUAUCAGUAUCAUGUAUCAAGUCGUUUAAUAUUUAUCCCUUAAAGAAUACUCUCUCUCGUAUUGCAAUGUGUGAUAACCAAGCAAGAGACCUUAUAACGAACUGGACACGUCGAAGAAGGAAGAUAUGGACCGUAUGGUUCACUCUUCAUACAUAGCCAAUGUGAAACAUUAAUUCAUGCUUCCCAAGUCCUUUCAUGAGUAGGCUAGUUUAUUUAUCUUCGAAGUUUGACAUUGUACUUAAUUUACCACCGAAAUACCAGCACUGGAGUAGUUCUAGACGAGAAAAAAAAAACAUUUUUAAAAGGUUAGAAAUAAUACGGCAACAUUCAAUCUCCAAAAUCAUAUUGGAUGUCAAAAAAAAAAAAUCAAUAUUAAUUUUGAGUGUAUUACGAUAACAAUAUUAACUACAAAGUUACAUAGGUAUUAUAGUGCUAUGGAUUUAAAUUUUUGUGUGUUGCAGUUUGAUUAUGGAUAUGAAUAUGCACAAUUAUAACAUUUUUUUUUUGUUCAAACCAUAAUUUCAUUCAAGUUCAAAGAUAACAAGGUUCAUUUACUCAUCCACACACGGAGAGUUCUUCAAAGCGUAAAGUGACGAUUUAUGGAUAUGAAUAUGCACAAUUAUAACAUAACAUUUAUAUAAACUUGAAUAUCUUGAAUCCGUAUUCAAUCCUACUUGUAUGCACAAAUUGUAAAACUUUAGGUAUGGUGAUUGAUGAUGAGGACUAUGGAUAGAGAAUGUUGUGUAAAUUCUCAGGGAGAGGUAAUAAUAGAGCAAAUGCCCAUCCUUUUUUUCUUUCCUCACUCACGUUUAUCUCUAUAUAAGUAGUUAAAGACUCUAGGUCACGAAGAGGAUUCUAUCCUGCCAAUUAUCUAAUAUGCAAAUCAAGAGGGCCUAAAUGGCCGAGAAUUGGGGUUUCCUUUGAGUUAAAAAGGUAAUCGCUUGGGAAUGCACACAAAUUAUUCACUGAAGUGAAGAUAUUUCCACAUUGAGACUGUAAACGAGUGAGUAUGUUUUGAUUAACAUGAAGGACAAAACUCAUUGCCAAUUCAGAUUCCGAAAGAAGGAGGCAUGGGAUCGGAAAGUUUGCAACUUUAAAGGACGAUACUGAUCGCCUUCCGCCGUCAAGGAAAGCAUCACUGCCUGCCGCUCUAGCCUUCCCUGAUUUUGACCAUCCCAGAUCUAAGGUUUCUACCCUCAACUGAUUGGUUUUGUCUUUCCGAUCCUCCGCUCUUAGAAUAUCGAUAGUGAAACCAAUUUGACCAAUGCUUUGAAGUCUGAGAUUUGACGACUCAGACAAUCACUUCCGACUCUGUUACAAGUUACAACUUAACUUUCUGAGCUGAUAAAACAAAACAAUGCAUAACUGAGGUCGAAUCUAGUGAUUGUGUAGGUGAUAUUGAUGCAGGUGGCGAGGGCGACUGCUGCUAAAGCAAAACUACUACUCCAUGAGUUGAAAAAUGUGAAAGCAGAUCUUGCAUUUGUGAAAGAGCGCCGUGCUCAGCUUGAAGAAGAUAACAUACAUCUGAGGGAGAACCACCAUGGGAAAGGAAGCAACCCUGCAGUGCAGAGGAAGAUUUGAUCCGGCUCCAGCUUGAGAGCCUACUAGCAGAGAAAGCACGGUUAGCUCAUGAGAGCUCAGUGUACCAAAGGGAGAACCGGAUCAUAAAAUACCACCAGCUCACAAUGCAAGACGAAGGCAGUGACGAGACUCUUCACGAAGAGAAGAGAAAAAGUCCGUCGUUGUUGUUGUCGUAAAGCUUCAACCUAUAGCGAGCACAAGUAAUGGCGGAGACGACAGAUUGGAGAGAUCAUAUUCGUUCCGUUCCGACCUUUUGAUUAGUUUCGUCAAUGUUCUCGAUCUCCGAUGAUGUUCGUAUCUGUCUCUUUCAACACCGUAGCCUCUUGUUCUAAUUCGACUUGUCAUCAUCAUCAUCAUCAUCAUCAUCAUCAAGGGAGCAACUGCUAUGACUCAAGUCACCAAUUAAUGCCUCCUUCUUUUGGGAAGAGGCGUUCUCUUUAUCAUCAUCAACGAUCACCACGGCGAGUCACCACCACUGGAGUAGCAACCUUGUCAUCACCGGAGGAGAGGACGUGCCAUCGAUAGCCACCAUUGAUUCGCUCGCAGGUGUUACGUAAUGGAUCCGAGAGUUGGAGACGUGAAGGAGUGACGAGCAACCGGAGCCGCCAUGUUCCUCAACCCUCAUAACCACCGGUUCUGGAUCUGUACCACCGUGAGUUGUGAGUCAACGGAGGUGCAGCCCAUGUGGCCUUAAUUGUGGUUUGGUUAAGCCGAAGGAGUCUCAAGGAUGUCAAGCGAUGCCUUGUGCGUUUCUUGCGCAGCAAGCAAGUCAUCCUUCGACAGUAGGUUUGACCUCAUCGUCACUUUUAUUUUAGCUCUUCCAUGUCACGUAUCCUAAAUCUUAAGUUAAUAUGUGAUUGUUUUUUUUGUAACUUUUAAAGAUCAUAAUUAGGGCUUAGGGUUUGUAUACAUACAUAUAUGAGAUUAAGUUUAGGGGUAUACGAGAGAUUAAAGGGUAUAUGGGAUUAAGAGAUAUUUGAGAUUAAAGUGUAUGUGAGAUUAAAGGGUAUAUGGAAUUAACAUGUAUAUUUGAUUAAAGAUUAUUUGAGAUUAGGGAUAUUUUGAGACCAGGGGUACAUGGGAUUAAGAGGUAUGUGGUAUUAAAGAGUAUUUAAGAUUAAAGGGUAUUUGAGAUUUAAGGUUUAUGGGAGGGGUAUUUGAGAUUAAAAGAUAUGAAGGAUUAAGGGGUAUUGGGAUUAGGGGUAUUUGGGAUUAAGGAGUAUUUGGGAUUAAGGGUAUUUGAGAUUAAGGGUAUUUUAAGGGAUUUUUGGUUCAUUGAUUAUAUGUUUUGUAUUAUUAUUUUGGAAGAAAAAUAAAUAUUUAGUAAAACAUAUGUAAAAAUUAGGAAAAUAUUAGCAAAAUUGAAAUAAAAAGAACGAAAUUCUAAUGAGAAAAAAAAGAAGAGGCCGAAGAAGCUGGAUAAUAUCUGUUGAUUUAACUAAUAUUUAGACUAACAAAUGAAUUCAAAAACAUUAGUGAAAUCAAAGGGUUGACAUUGCCAUUGUAAUUCAAAAAAAAAAAACAUUUAGACUAACAUGGUGAGAAUAUGUAUCUAGAAACGGCUACAUACAACAUAGUGCUUCAGCCACUUCUUGAGGCAAAUGAAGUAAGUUAUCAUUGCAACAAACAUACAUAUAGCGUUUACAUAAUAUUGAUGGUUAUAUUCUAAAAACGACAUAUGCAGACUAACAUGGUGAUCAAAAUAUUCAAACGGAUGAAAGCAUGUGGCUACCCAUUGUGGUCAGUUUAAUUAUGACUAUGGUGAUGCGACAUGGUAUUGCUGCAGGGUCAAGCUCCCAGUAUCCUCCUUCAGCUAGCUGUGUUGCUUUGUUCUCCUGUUUGAAGGCUGGAAUCUGAUGAGAAAACUUUCUGAAGGAGGAUACUGGGAUUUGCUGUAGCUAGCUGUGUUGCUUUCGUGAUCCUCACAUACUUGUUUUGUUUUUUUUGUUUUUUUUUUUUGAUAACUGUAAAUUAUAUAACCAAAAUAAAAUUUGUUACAUCAGCUGCAAAAGCAGGGAACUUCUAUGGCAAAAAAAAGUGAAAAACCAGUGAGAAGCUAUAUGUUUGGAACACCAAAUUCAACUAGAGUUAGCUAUAAGAAAACCACAAAGAGAGCAGGUUCCCACACCCUUUGUUAUGUCUUCUUGCUAGUAGAGUAUCCUUCGUUGUCCUGUCAUACUUGUUGGCAUUUCGUUGUCACUGCUAUAAACAGCCCAUAUAUGCCCACCUUUUAACUUGUCUACAGCUCUCAUCUUCUUGAAGUCGAAGGCUGACUCAGCUUUUCCUCUCGUUGUCUCACUAUCUGUCUCCAAAUUAACCGCUUCAGCUUGAAAUAUUGCUUGUGUCAGUGCUGUCGGGUCCAGUUAAAACUAAUGAAUUAUUUCAGUGGAUCAAAAUGAUUCCUGGUCUAACCUUCCUAGAGCUCACUUCCUGCUCUUGUGGAGCUUUGUCACCCAUAACCCUGCACUGCAUUUGCAACAAAGCUCUUUGCCUCUCUUCCUGCAACAGUAACUCAAUUACAUCAUUAGGUUUUAAACCUGUAAUACGUGCUGUCUUGUAAUGAAUCUUGAUAAAACACUAUACUUUUGAUCUCUGAAGAUCUAAUUCUGCAUUCUUGCAAUCAUCUUCGUACUGACAACUUGAAUGCACACUAGAGUUUAGGAUUUAGCAAUUUUAGGGUUUAGGGUUUAGAAUUUAGGGUUUUGAUGGUUUAAAGUUUAGAAUUUAGGGUUUAGUUAUUUAUUAUACAUAUAUAGAAUCAACGGUAUAAAAGUAUUUUGUCUUUUAAUGAAAAAUAUAUUUUUAAAAAUGUCUCAUUAAUGGUGGUAAACAUGAAUAAUGAUACGAUAAAAGGGUAUAAUUUGUACCAUUGAUUCUAUAUAUGUCUCAUUAAAAAUGUCUCGUUAGAUCUAAAAGCCUAAUCAUCCAACGGCUACCAAUGGAUUACCCAAAAAAUGACCGUUGUAAUUUGUAAUUGACCCGUUGGCCUGGCUCCUCUUUAUAAGAAGCCCUCUCUUUUUACCUUAUUUACAAUAUAACCUCUCCAAAUCUGCCAGACUCUUCACGAAGAGAAGAGAACAAGUCCGUCGUUGUUGUUGUCGUAAAGCUUCAACCUUUCUGGCGCUGGGGCUGAGAAAGUUGGCCGACUGGAAUCAGGUGCUGACGCUGAAGCUCAUUUGGCUUUUGUUUGCAGCAGGGGGAUCAUUGUGGGUCUCGUGGAUAAGGAGAAACAAGAUUGGAUCCGACAAUUUCUGGGAGCUGGAGCCUCGCCGAGGAGACAGUUGGAUAUGGAAGUAGCUUUGUAAGUUGAGAGUGUUAGCUACCUACUUAACACAACAACAAGUCUCGGAAUCGUUUCUGCUCCGUGUGAGAACUUCCACUCCCAUUACUAAACAACAACAAGUCUCCUCCCUGCACAACAACUAUGAGUCAUCGGUACUCAAGAGAAGAAAAGAAGAAAUGGAUCCCGACUAGGAGUCAAACAAUCCGCAAGCCCCCUGUUCAAAUCCCUGAGAUUGAUACAGCUGCUCUGAUUGAGGAAAACAAAUUUACCCUUAUUGGGAGAGUCACAAACCCUGCAACACAGAACACAAAAGCCCUUGUGGACUUCUUUCUCCAGCAUUGGAAUGUUUCUGGACGAUUCACUGGAAGAGAUCUAGGGCCGCUGCUCUUCCAGUUCCGUUUUGAAAACGAAAGAGACCUACUCACCAUUCUCAACAAGGCACCUUUCCACUUCAAAAGAUGGAUGAUUAUUGUGCAACGAUGGGAACCAGUCGUGUCUGAAAAGUUCCCGGCUUUCUUGCCUUUCUGGAUCCAAAUCAAUGGAAUUCCCCUCCAUUACUGGGAAGAUAAAGCUCUUCGAGCCAUUGGAAAAGAGCUGGGCACUGUGGAAGACUGUAUACCUACUCAAGCCCGAGUUCGAGUACUCAUCAACGGUCUCAACCCAUUGGAGAUGACUAGAGAUAUCUCCCUACCCUCUGGAGAGAUAAUAGAGGUGGAAUUUAGCUACGACAACCUGCAAAAACAUUGCUUCAGAUGCCACUCACUUUCCCAUGAGAAAGAUGAUUGUCCUACUUCGGAGAACUCUAGGGAACGAGACAGAAGUCCUAAUAGGAUAGGUAUUUCCCAAAGGAAUACUAUGGCUCGUCUGGAUGAUAACAGGAGGAGAUAUGAAGAAAGGAAAAGGUUUAAAGGGCACCAAGUCCAGCAUAAGAGAGAAGCCCCUCCCUCUUACACAAGAAGAGACUACUAUGAGGAUCGUACAACAGAUUCAAGGUACAACUCUCGACAGCAUCAAAGCUAUGCACCAGUGACCAGUGAAUACCGGAGAGGUCGCGAAGACUACAACCCAGGAAGAUCUUUCUCACGAGAAUCUGGGGCCAGAGUGGGAGUAAAAAAUAACCUCCACAUAUCUGAUUCCCCCAGCAAAAUGACAGAGCAUGACAGAGACAGAGAUGGAGUUGGUCAAAUAACAGAGAAAAGACGAGCACCUAGCCAUGACUCAGCCUCCAAAAUACAAUCUCCAGCCUUACAAGACCCUACUCCACACUCAACAGAUUUAAGAAGGGCCCUUUCACGUAGAGAGGAUGGAGAAGCUUCAGGAGACCAAGUGUCUUCAGGAUGUCGCCCCAUUAAGGAAAGACUGAGGCUACCUGAGAUCCCUCAUUCCACAGACUUAAGACGGUCUCUAUCACUGAGAGAUGAUGGAAAUGAGAUGGGAGGCCAGACAUCUGCGGACAGACCCCCAGCUAAACAAAGGUUAUCAUUGCCCUCUAAUGGGAAAUCUAGACUUGCGCAGCAAGGAACUUCUACAGGCUCUAGUCGCCUACAAGAUAUCGAUAUUCAUUACCUGGAGGAGAUCAUGGAACCACCACGACUUGAUUCCAGUCGACCCUCAGGCUCACGUCCUCCAGGAGUCAUCCAUUCACCCCCGCAGGAAAACUCUCCGAUAAGAACUCUUAGUGAAGAUAGGAGACAUGUCUCUCUACGCUUAGGGCCGCAACCUGUGCCUAACCAGAUGGACUCCCCUAUGCAAGCCAGACUAUCUGAAAGACCUGGAAUUAUCACUAGAAGCGUGGCCAAGAAGAAGGAUGGGAAAAUGCCACAAAAAAAGAAAUAUAACACCAGUCCGCUAAAAGGAGUUAGCAUUAAGAAGAGAAGGGUCACAAAAACCCAAAGCUCCCCAAGAAGGAGGACUCAGACUGGAAACACAACAGCACCGUCUCAGCGUCAAGGCAUCCGGAAGACCACCAUCGUCCCUCCAAUAUCAAAGAAGCAGAAGGAUUUUCGGGUAAACCCAAGCGCUCUUCCUUAGCGCUUCUCAGCUGGAACUGCCAAGGACUUGGGAGCACCUUGACAGGCCAGC